AAUAGUAAGGUUCAAAAGAAGGCAAGGACAAAGGGUCCAAUAGAUUUAUAUUUUGCCAAAAGUGCUGCAAAGGCAGUGCAAGAUAGAAAAAAUUCAAAGCUGAAGCAAACCACUAUUAAUGAGGCAUGUAAAAAGGAAUUGCGAAAAAAAGCAUGUAAGGAUAUAGCUCGAUGGAUGUAUGAUGCGGCAAUUCCUUUUAAUGCUGUCAAUUAUCCAAGUUUUCAAGUUAUGGAGUCUAUUGGACAAUUUGGGAUUGGUAUGAAAGCACCUAGUUUUCAUGAGGUGCGGGUUCCCUUAUUGAAUGAAGAAGUUGCUGAGGUGAAGAAUUCAUUAAAGUCCUAUGAAGAAGAAUGGGCAAAGUAUGGUUGUUCUAUAAUGGCAGAUGGUUGGACUGAUAAGAAACAAAGGACUUUGAUUAAUUUCUUGGUGAAUUCUCCAAAGGGAACUGUUUUCAUGGAAUCUGUUGAUGCUUCAGAGUACUCAAAAACUGGUGAUAAGAUGUAUGACCUGCUUAAUAGAUUUGUAGAGCGUGUUGGAGAGGCUAAUGUGAUUCAAGUUGUGACAGAUAAUGCUAGCAAUUGUGUGCUUGCAGGGAAGUUGUUAGAAACAAAGUGCCCUCAUUUGUAUUGGACUCCUUGUGCUGCUCAUUGCCUAGAUUUGAUGCUAGAAGAUAUUGGAAAAAUUCCCAAAAUUCAUAACACAAUUAAAAGGGCAGUGACAUUGAAUGGAUAUAUUUACAUUCGUCCGGGUGUGGUGAACAUGUUGCGGCACUUUACUGGUGAAAGAGAGCUAAUUAGGCCAGCUGUCACAAGAUUUGCAACUGCUUUUCUCACCCUUCAACGUAUACAUAAGCACAAGGCGAAUUUGAGAAAGAUGUUUACCUCAGAGGAAUGGACCAAAAGUAAGUGGGCAAAAGAAGCAUGCAGUAAAAAAGUAUACAGUAUUGUCAUGAUGCCUACUUUUUGGACUAAUAUUGUUUAUAUCUUAAAGAUAUUUGGUCCAUUAGUUCGUGUGCUUAGAUUAGUUGAUGGUGAGAAAAUGCCUGCAAUGGGAUAUAUUUAUGAGGCGAUGGAUAGGGCUAAAGAAGCAAUUGCAAAGUCAUUUGAUGAAAAUGAAGAAAAAUACAGGACAAUUUUUGAGAUUAUUGAUAAACGAUGGGAAAGCCAACUCCAUCGACCUUUGCACGCAGCUGGAUAUUAUUUGAAUCCUGAAUUUUUUUAUUCAAAUGAGAAAAUUAAUGAAGAUGUUGAGGUUGUUACCGGUUUAUACCAAGUUGUAGCAAGGUUGAUUCCAAGCAAAGAAGAGCAAGACAAAAUAAUGGCACAAUUACCUUUUUAUCAAAAUGCUGAAGGUAUCUUUGGGAUGGAUAUGGCAAUUAGGAAUCGAAAGAAAGUAUCUCCAGCUACAUGGUGGCUAACUUAUGGAGCAACAACUCCAAAUUUGAGAAAUUUUGCUGUUAAAGUGCUUAGCCUCACUUGUAGUGCAUCUGGUUGUGAGCGUAAUUGGAGCAUCUUUGAGCAUAUUCACAGUAAAAAAAGAAAUAGACUAGCUCAAAAUCGCUUGAAUGAUUUGGUGUUUGUCAAGUACAAUCGGUCAUUAAAGCGUAGAUAUGAUGCACGUGACCGCAUUGACCCCAUCUCAUUGAAAGACAUUGAUGAUAGUAAUGAAUGGUUGAUGGGUCAAAUGGAGGAAGAGAUGGAUAGAGAUGAACUUGUUUUUGAAGAUGAUGAUUUGACAUGGAAUGUGGUUGCUGCAGCUACUGGAGCUGAAGAGAAUGCCUACAACACUAGAUUAAGCAAAGGGAAAAAUGUUGCAUCUACAUCACAGCAAAAAAGAAAAGCAUCAUCCACUCGUACUUCUUCACUUCUUGAAGACGAGGAAGAAAAUGAUGAUGAUGAAGAUGUUAAUUUGGAAGAUGAGUAUGAGGAGGAUAAUGAAGAUGAUGAAGAAGAUGAAGAGGAUUUUGAUAUUUCUAUUGAUGGGGAUUGAACAUUUAGUAGUUUACUAGUUUAUUAAACUUUAAUUUUUAGUAGUUUAUUUUUAUCUCUUUUGGAUUAUAACCUAAUUAUUACUUGCAUAUUUGUUAGUUAUUAUUAUAUAGUUUUAUGUUA